AGAAAAGUGCAAGUAGAGACGGAACGUUACUUGUCAGACGGGGCUCGCUCGCGCUCCUUCCUUCUUCAGCGUUCUCCCCUUCCCGCCCCUCUACGCGGUCCGCUGCCACCUUUUCGUCCUCCAUCGCCUUCUCCUCGUCCUUCACCUCCUCUCGAUCCUCUAUUGUCCCUCUCUCGCUUCUCCCGUGGCUCUCCCUCCUCCUGCACCCUUCCUCCGUCCUCCCUGCCCCCACCCCGCCGCCCUACCGGCUGCACGCUCACAUGCAACGAGCGAGACCGGCCGGCUGGCACUCAGUUGCCUUUAGCGCCGUGCAUCUCCGAGUCAGUUAGUCAGUCAGUCAGUCAGUCAUUGAGUCAGUUAGUCGGUGAGUCGGGUCGACGAUACACGCGCGACGGAGAACGAUCGAGAGUUGACCGGUUGAGCGCAAAACAGCCAAAGAGAAGUGCAUUGAACGAAACCAAAUCGAUACCAAAAGAGGCGGGGAAGUUAGCUCGAUCUAGGGGAAGACGGAGGAGGGGGUGGUGGCGGCUAGUCGUUUUUUCGUUUUUCGAGAUGAAGCGACCAGGGUAUCGCGCGAGUUUCGCUUGAGAGUAGGAUCCCUCGGGUUCGGUGAAGUAUCGACGAAAAAAGAAAGAAGAUAAAAGUGACGAGUGAAAACAGGAAGAUCAAGACGGCCAAGAUGAUGAAGAAGGAGAAACCGAUGAUGUCGGUGACCGCCAUCAUCCAGGGGACCCAGGCCCGGCAUUGGUCCCGUGGGAACACUUGGUUGAGUCUGGACAACAGCAACAUGUCCAUGUCCUCGGUGGGUCCACAAAGUCCACUGGACAUGAAACCUGACACAGCGAGCCUCAUCAAUCCAGGGAACUUCAGUCCUUCCGGUCCCAAUAGCCCUGGAUCCUUCACCGCUGGUUGUCACAGCAACCUUCUGAGUACGUCGCCGAGUGGACAGAACAAAGCAGCCGCACCCUAUCCGCCGAACCACCCUCUUUCCGGAAGCAAGCAUCUCUGCUCGAUCUGCGGUGACCGUGCCAGUGGCAAGCAUUAUGGUGUCUAUAGCUGCGAGGGUUGCAAGGGCUUCUUCAAGAGGACCGUACGCAAGGACCUGUCGUACGCGUGUCGCGAGGAAAAGUCCUGCAUCAUCGACAAACGACAGAGAAAUCGAUGUCAGUAUUGUAGAUACCAGAAAUGCUUGGCGAUGGGCAUGAAAAGAGAGGCAGUACAGGAAGAGCGUCAACGUACCAAGGAAAGGGAUCAGAGCGAGGUGGAGAGCACCAGUAGCCUGCACUCGGACAUGCCGAUCGAGCGUAUUCUGGAAGCCGAGAAACGAGUCGAGUGCAAAAUGGAACAGCAAGGAAAUUACGAGAAUGCAGUGUCGCACAUUUGCAACGCCACGAACAAACAGCUGUUCCAGCUGGUAGCAUGGGCGAAACACAUCCCGCAUUUUACGUCGUUGCCGCUGGAGGAUCAGGUACUUCUGCUCAGGGCCGGCUGGAACGAGUUGCUGAUAGCAUCCUUUUCCCACCGUUCGAUCGACGUGAAGGACGGUAUCGUGCUGGCGACAGGGAUCACGGUGCACCGAAACUCCGCGCAGCAGGCUGGCGUGGGCACGAUAUUCGACCGGGUACUUUCCGAGCUUGUAUCGAAAAUGCGCGAAAUGAAGAUGGACAGGACGGAGCUUGGUUGCCUGAGAUCUAUAAUACUCUUCAACCCCGAAGUCCGAGGACUAAAAUCCAUCCAGGAAGUGACCCUGCUCCGCGAGAAGAUCUACGCAGCGCUGGAAGGAUAUUGUCGCGUAGCCUGGCCCGACGACGCUGGAAGAUUCGCGAAAUUACUGUUACGUCUGCCGGCCAUCCGAUCCAUCGGAUUAAAGUGUCUGGAGUACCUGUUCUUCUUCAAAAUGAUCGGCGACGUGCCGAUCGACGAUUUCCUCGUGGAGAUGCUAGAAUCGCGAUCGGACCCUUAGGAGCAAAAGGUGUGCCGCGUCUUGGGGCACACCGAUUUAUAAAGGAGAAAAAAAUAACGGAACAUAAAAAAGAACACAUAUAUAUAUAUAAUAUAUAUGUAUGUAUACAUAGAUAUAUAUACAUAGAUAUAUAUCAACAAGAAAAGAAAAACAAAGAAGAGCACUCAAGAUAUAUAUAUAUAUAUAUAUAUGCGUGUGUAAGAAAAGAAAUUCCCGUUGGUAACUCUAAUACGCCUCUCACGGUGGUUAAAAAACGAAAAAAGAAAAAAAAAAAACAAAAAGAAAAAUUGAUACUCUUACAGAAGUCGAGUAAGGUGGAAUUUACUUACGUUUCUCCUUCUUCACCAUUUUAUUUAUAUCUGUUCGAUAGCGCAUUAUAUUUGAUGUUCGAGACGAUCCUUUUCUUCGAUUCGUAUCGAGAGUAUGCCGGAAGUCGAGCAACGGAUAAUACACUCCCGGAGAACAAAGAGACCCAGCGCUUUUUUCAACGAUCGAUUCAAUGAAAUUUCCAAGCUCUCGAAGUCGCUUAUUUAUACCUUGGAACGAUCUCUCUUUGCAUUCUUUAGUCUAUGACACACGUCGAGUAUGCGUGUCAUGCCAUCGUAUGUCCGAGCAAAGUUCUCACGCGUGACGAUUUCCUACCGGAUAUUGCCGAUCCUUGAUUUAGUCUGGGCUUCGAUUGCGCUCACGUCGAACUGUUUACUCUCUGCAACCACGUGGAAGUUCCUAAGACGCUGUUUUCUCAUGUUUCUUCUUACCUUUUUGUUACAUCCUCUGUUACAACCUGUGCUAUCUCUUGUCAUCGUUGACGUGUCAGUUUCAAUCUGCUUCGCCAGUCUUUCACAAUACAUAUAUAGUUGUACAGACGACACGAUUCUCCAACGAUCUCCUCCAGUUUUGUAUGGAUUGCGGUCCUCGACGUGGGUGCAAUCCGUAAUAAGCGUAAGCUUAUCGGGUAUUUUUACAUUCCAACGCUGCCUCGAUUCGGAUCGUCAUUUGAAAGAGCCACGAUCGUAUCUAGAUAUAUUAUUAUUAUUAUUAUUAUUAUUAUUAUUAUUAUUAUUAUUAUUAUUAUUAUUAUUAUUAUUAUUAUUAUUAUUAUUAUUAUCGUCAUUAUUAUUAUUGUCAUUAUUAUUAUUAUUGUAAUUAUUAUUAUUAUUAUUGUCAUUAUUAUUAUUAUUAUUAUUGUCAUUAUUAUUAUUAUCAUUAUUAUUAUUAUUAUUAUUAUACAUACUUGCAUAAAACGGAAACGUUUUAGACGUGUGUGCACUAUAAUACGAUAAUUUAUUGUUUUGUAUUUUAGAGUAUAGAAGAAAGAAAAUAAAACUUACUAAUUAUUAUUAUUAUUAUUAUUAUUAUAAUUAUUAAUUAUAUAUGAUUAUAUAUAUUAUAAUAUUUCUUUAUAUAUAUAUAUAUAUAUAUAUUAUAUGUAUAUAUAUGCAGCUUAUGUCUGUAACAUGAAAUAUUGAAAUUGUAACAUAUGCUGUUACAAAACCGGUGAACGAAUAGUGCGCUCGAUAUAUCAAGAAUCAUCGAUUCAUACAUACUGUUGAAAAAUAAACUGAAAUGCGAAAGAGGAUUUCUUAUUAAGGACGAUUUUUACUUUUGGUAUACAGCGAAUUCCGUGGAAUUUUUCACAUAACUCGUUUAUUAAUAUUUUGUCGACUUUACUUGAUAGCGUUCGUUUCGUUCGAUAACAAUUUCUCAUUACGUGAUCGCAUAAUAGCGAACAGUAUAAGUAAUACGAUAGUAUAUCGAUAAUGUACUAAAAUUUACUAAUUAAUGAAAAUUUUCAGUUUUUUCCUUUGAAUUCAAUGCAUUAUGAGAUGUAAGAUGUUAAAAAAAGAAAAAGAAAAAAACAUUCAAGAGAUACGAUGCUGUCAAUGUAUAGUUUAUCAUUUAAACCUAGAUAUAUAAGAAUUAAUUGAUCAGUGACAGGACUAUGAUAAGAACCUUACCGUCGUUGUUAGUAAUUCACAAAACACUUUUUAUGAUUUGAGCUGAAGGAUGUAAGAAAAUAACAGGAUUUUUUAACGAAAAAAUCCAUAUUUUAGUUUUCUAGAUUUUGAAUUUUACUAAUUUUCUACUUUUAAAUAGAUAAAAAAAAAAAUGAUAUGAAUUGUGAUCGAUCUAAAUUUAUGGCAAUAAAGAAUCCAAAUUUUUAUAUAUUUUAUUCCUCUAUCGGUAAGUUAAGAAAGAAUUUUUAAAAAUAUAAAUAUAUAUUUUAUAAUAUAUAUCGAAGGAAUCUUGGUGCAUUAUUCGAAAAAUCUAUAAAUAAACGUUUAUUUAUAUUUUUCUUUUGUAAGAUAUUUCGAAAGAUUUGUUCUUUCUAGAUUGUAAUUCGAUUUUAAGAUUUUAGAUGAGUGAAAAAGGUUUAUCUUCUUAGUGUCCUUCAGUUUUAGUCAUCUACAUAAAUUACUAUAGUACUCUAGAAAUCGUAAGGAAUGAUCACACUUACUUCGAUAAUAUAAUUACGAUAAUAUUAAAAAAUUAUUAAACAUAUUUCUAUUUUUGCGUGAAUGCUUACGAUUGUUAGUUGUUGGUUAUUGUUAUCUAUUUGAUGAGAGUUUUUAAUGUUAUGCAUACCAUGAGAAAAAAGAAACACAUUAUUAAAUUCCCGAUUUUUUUUUUUAAUAUUACUGGAGUUGCUAUUCAUUUCAAACGCCUGUUAUAUCUAAUUGUUUCUUUUUCUUUUUCUAUAAUUCUCUCGUGCGACACACAAACACAGGAUAAACUUUUCUCAUAGUUACUCGAUCCAAUUUCGACGAUUUCAAAUAAUUUCCAAGAAUAAAUUCAAACCAAAUCACUUAUAUUUAUAUGUUUUGUAUAAGAUAGUAAGAAAAUCGUAUUACAAUCUCUGUAAUGUCAAUUUUCUUGGUGUUUUAUAAUCCAGGAUGUAACGUUCUGUUUCUUUACAUCCAUACUGGAAAUAUACAUCUCGACCAAAAUUACCUCUGAAUGAAACGCGUUUUGCGGUCACCUCAUCUAAUUCCUCGAUACGUGUAAUAAUAGUAAUAAUAAAUAGUAAUAAUAAAAGAAGAUAAGCAAGUGAAAGACCAUUAGGAUUGGCGGGCGUGAAUGAAGCUACCUGUGAAUGAAGUUUCAUAUAAAUAUAUAAAUGUUAAAAUGAUGAUAUCUAUACAUACGUAUAAUAAUAUAUGAACAUAUAAACAGAACUCUUUCACAAAUAAUAAUUGAGAACCUCAGUAGCGGUCAGUAGAAUAACAAAGAUAAUGGCAGAAUUUUUAAUGUCCUAUGAUUAGACGUAUUAAAGGUAAGAGAUUCGACACGGUGAAUCUUGGAAUGUAUCGGAGCAAAAAAUCUAUCAAAUAAUAGCAUGCUUCUCUAAUGAAGUGCUAUACGCAAAUCGUGUACAUGAUUGUAAUCAAUGUAAACACUCGAUGCUUUUGCCAUACUUCUUUGAACUAUUAUAGAAAUCGUACGAUGCUCAAAUUGUAUGUAGUGAUGUUUUACUUAGUAACAGUGUCCUAGAACGAACGAAUGCGGUGCGUUGAAAACCUUCUGUACCAUCAUGAAUAUUAAAAUAAUUGGAGAAUAAAUCCUUACGUUAAAUUAAGUAUGUAUAUUUUUCGUCGUCAUUUGGUACUUAGGAAUACUUUCUAUGUACCUAAUUGUUUAGAUGGUCAACGAUAUACGUCCAUGCUCUGUAUUUUAUAUUUUUAUAUUUUUCUUAUACUAAAAUCAAGAUGGAUGUUAUUAUUAAAAAUUAGAAUUUUAGAAUAUCAAAUCAUGUUAUAUUAUGAUAGUAUCAAAGAGGUUCCACACGCACCCAUUCUGCAUAGACCAGUACAAAUAAGUUUAAUACUAAUAGUAAUAACGAAUAAAAUAAUUGUUUGACCUUACUGAAUCGUAAGGUGCAUCCCACUUAAAAAAGUAGCAGGUGUCCUACUAAAUACUGUACCUUUGACGAACUAAACUAAAAAGCCAGAGUACUAAAAGCAAAUCCUUCUGUGUGUAUAAAUGUCAGAAACUUUCGUGUAUCAAUAUGAAUGCUAUAUAUUAAUAACAAAUUAACUUACACAACUGCCAUUGUGAUUAACUAUUUUUUGGAACAUUAGCAUGAUCCGAUAUUUCAUGUUUCAUCUUUCUUCCUUUAAAUUGAAACAAUGAGAAAAAAAGGAACGAUUCUUAUGAAAUUGUCGUACCAUUUUAUUAAGUGGAUUUUUAUAAUUUGAAUGUACAUCGUGGAAUUAUGCGCAAAAUUUGUAAUGUUAAGAAGGUUAGUGAACAAAACAUUUAUUCCACAUAUAAUAUCUAACAUAAUAACAUAAUAUCUAACAUCUAACAUAAUAUUCCACUUGAGAAAUCAUUAUUGUAUUAACAGCUUAAAGGUACUUGUGAAUAACAAUUUUUAUUUCUAUAUGGCUAACACAAUUUAUUAUAACGAGAUCAAGCAUGUCAAAUUGUAUCACAUUAUUUUCAAUACAUUGUUUGAAAUUGAGAUACUAAUUCAUCUUAGUGCUUAGUAACUAAUGGCACUAUGGUUGUGCUCGAUAAUUAAAGCAAUGUCUAUAUGUGCAUAUUUAUGAACGACGAAUGCGUACGUACAUAAAUAUAUAAUUGUACGUACGUAUAUUUUUUGGAGUUCAAUUUUACUAUCUUUAAGCUGUAAAUGUCAGUUUUCGACUUACUCUGAAGCGAUAAAUUAAUUCGUAUAUACCUAUUGAACGUUCAUUUACUAAACGUACGUGUAUGUAUAUGUAUACAUUUACGGCUGUGUACAUACGUACAUACAUAUGAAUUAUUAUUACAUUAUUAAAAUACGCUUUUCUAUGUGUUAACAUAACACUUUUUCAGGUAAUGGCACAUGAAAACGUAUUUGGAAUGUGAAGAGUUCUAUAUUGGAUCGGUAACUGUUUUAUAACGAACGAGAGUAAUAUAUUCAUAAAAGAAUAUGCGUAAUAAAUAUGAUGACGAUAACGAUGGGUAUACAAAUUAUAUAAAUAUAGAAAACAAAGAGUGCAAGAGAGAAUGCGAUAGUGAGAGCGAGGUUGUUAAUGGAAGAUACGCGAACAAGUCAUAUUAUGAAUAUACUUGUAAAACAGUAUGGCUAAUAACAGUCCUUUAGUAAAAAAAUAUAAUGUAUGGUCUUGCGCCAAGAGAUAAAUCGUCUAUUCUGACUUGUCUAAAUAUAAUAUUUUUAUGAAGCAAAUUAAUAA